AUGAAGAUUGACGAGAUAUCAGACACUACGGAGGAGAAUGACUUUGGUAAAAUACUACGGAAUCUAAACAAUGUACUGCAACCUCCAGAAAAGUAUCACAAGGAUCUUUUAGAUCUUGAAGCAUCGACACAUUGGAAUUUAGAUAUUGUACGAGCAAUAUCAUUGCAUGCAAAUCCAAACUUGCCGUGGUGUUCCGAAGCCAAUGCACAGAUUGUUGAGUCAAUUAUACGCAAAAGAGACAUUGAUCAGUACCUCUCUAUAUUCAUCCAAGACGAUUUCUGUACUAGGUUAAAAAAGAUUGAAAAGUUAGCACAAUGGGGGAGAGGUAAACAGCUGGCUUUGAAGCCUCGACUCUCAUUUCAAGAACAGAAUUUUGAUGCAAUUCCUCUAGCUCAAGCAUGGUUUUUGAUUGGGGCCACAAAGAAUGAAGAUAAGGAAGUUUGCAAGUUGAUAUUAUUACUCAUCAUUGACAGUUUGCAAUUUGAUAUUCCAGCCAAGAUCCAAGCAUGCAAAUUAUUGGUACACUUGAAGAUUCACAACACACCCUCUAUAAUGAACCUAAUAGAACCAUUACGACAAAAUUUGGCAAAGUGUUUGAACCAUAUACCUAGUAUCACCCCUGAGAAAGACUCACUUUUGUUAUUGACAGUGUCGUAUCCUUGCAUUUAUCGAAUCGAUACGGAAUUUGGCACUGAUUUGAAUUUCAUUGAAACAAUUGCAACUAUAUUACUGUCCAUAAAUUAUGUCAUUAAAUACCCCAUGUUAUCAACCUUUCUUUUAGAUCAAUUAAGAAUUUGCAUCAGUCAUAUUGGCAUCAGUGUCCUAAUAAGCAUAUCUAAAAUAUUCUACACGCUAAAUCAAAUCAUUACCAAUAUUGGCAUUUUGGAACAACUGCCAUCGAUUAUCCAGCAUGCUUUAGAUGUGGAGAACGAUAUACUACAGCUCGAAUCACCGUUGGUGUAUACAUUCGUGUAUGACUUAUUGGGAGCGUACUACAUACUAAGAAAGAGAGUUGAGAUUUACAACAUUGACGAGUUAGCCGAUAGCAUACAAAGAAACUUAUCAUCCUUAAGGCAGUUAUCUAUAGUCUGUGCUAAAUUAUCUGAUUUUGAAGAUAUACAGGACUCUAUAAACAAGAUUACAUAG